CUGCCACGUUGGUUACAUAGAACCCCCACUGCAAGACUGAUCAUGAGGGGCGAUCGAGUCAGAGAGUCUUCCUCGUCGGCUUUACCCCAGCCCUUAUCACAGACAAGUCUCCCGAAGGCCCAGCACUGCGAGCAUCUCUGAUCGUCGCCGCCAAUUCAUCCUACACAAGUCAACAGCGGAUCGCGGUUUCUCGUUGCGACGGAAGCUAAAGCGAAAUCCCUUAUUCUCGUUGUCGCCAACGUUACCCUAAAUAGGAGUCGCCACUUGACGCGAAAGCUGAAGCGAUGGUCGGUAGCGAAUCGAAUGCCGUUUGGCCUCAGAGCAGGCCACAACGCCAUCUCGCUUCUGGUGAGACGAGUGAGAGGGCACCCAGAACCAUGCCGCGUACGACCAUCUCCUCGCAAUGGCACCAUGGUCACCACCCGCCCCACCAGCACCCCUCCACCGCCCCUCGCCUCAGCAGCCGCAGCGAGUUGCCCACCACCGUGAGGCUCGUGCCCACGUCUGCCAGCAUGGCCAGCCACAGCUGCGCGCGGCCGGCCACAGCCAGCCCCAGCACGGUGCCCUUUACUAGCACCGACACCGCCACAUUCUCACACACCACCCACUGCACCGCCCGCCCCAGCCACAGCGCCCGCGCCCGCGCCAGCUGGCGCAGGUCAUCUGACAUCAGCGCCACGACAGCAGCCUCCAUUGCUGACUGACGCGGACGCGAUGGUGCCCAUGGCGGCGCUGACAUCAGCGGGGCGGCGAGGGCGGGCGCGUCGUUGAUGGCGUCGACCACCAUGCACGUGGCGCCAUGGGCCGCCUUGAGCGCUGCCACCGCCGCCACCUUGUCCUCGGGCAGCAGCACGGCCACGUGCAACCCCAGCUCCCGCACCAGCUGCCCUGCCACCUCAGCUGCUUCGGGCCGAAGCGAGUCAGCGGUGGCAAUGGCUGCCUUGGGGAUGGCUGUCCACAUCGAGCCACGUCACCAUGGCCCCGAGGCUGAGCUUGUGUUUGGCUAGGGCGCAGUGGCUGGUGCACCAUCGUUGGGUUGGGCCAUGGCGCAUAGAGGGGAAGGCGUAGCAACGUGGAGGUGUGGGAAGGCGUAGCGACGUGGAGGUGUGGGAAGGCGUAGCGACGUGGAGGUGUGGGAAGGCGAAGGGAUGGGGGAAAAGGAAUGGAGAUAUGGAGGGAAGGGUAUUGAUGCCCUAAUGAAGGCAAUGGCAGAGCUUGGAUUCUGUCAUCAGUUAA